CUGGAGCUUGUGAUCCUCCUGCCUCAGCCUUCUAGUGUGCAGGGAUUGCAGGCUUGCACCACCAGGCCCGGCACAAUUGUACAUUUAUACUUAACCCCCUUCCUCAUGAACAUCUGGUCGUCGGAUACUAAGCCACGGGCUGCCACAAGUCACCUAACAUCGGUCAUCUAAUCGCCUGGUCUUGGAGGUCAGCUACCUGCCUCUCCCCUCUGUGUCCAGAUGAUGAAACGGAGGCCCCAGAGGUGGAUCUGCCCUGAGAGCUCAGGUGGAUCUGGCUGCGCUCUGCCCGCCGUGCUGCAGUGGCAGGGGUUCGUGGUGUCUGGGGCGGGCACAUGAGAGUGCCAGCCUCCCUCUGGCCCAGCCCUGCGUGCCCCUGCCUUCGGGGGGCUUGGGUCUCACUCGUGACCCUGUCCCCCCAGGUGACGAACGUGGAUGACGAGGGGGUGGAGCUGGGUGUGGGGGUGAUGGAGCUGACCCAGAGCGAGCUGGUGCUGCACCUGCAGCGGCGCGAGGCCGUGCGCUGGCCCUACCUCUGCCUGCGGCGCUACGGCUAUGACUCCAACCUCUUCUCCUUCGAGAGUGGCCGCCGCUGCCAGACCGGCCAGGGGAUCUUUGCAUUCAAGUGCUCCAGGGCCGAGGAAAUCUUCAGCCUCCUUCAGGAUCUGAUGCAGUGCAAUAGCAUCAACGUGACGGAAGAGCCAGUCAUUGUCACCCGCAGCAGCCACCCUGCCGAGCUCGACCUCCCUCGGACCCCCCAGCAGCCCAACGCUCUAGGAUACACCAUCUCCAGCUUCUCCAAUGGCUUCCCCAGCUGCCCUGGAGAGGGCCCGCGAUGCUCCGCUCCCCGGCGGCCGUCCUCGAGCAGCAUGCGGCACCCCUCGCUCGGGGAGGAAUCCACGAAUGCCCUCAUUGCCCCCGAUGAGCAGUCACACACCUAUGUCAACACUCCUGCCGGUGAGGUCGACCACCGCAGGAGCCGGCAUUGCCUGCAGCCACUGCCUGAGGGGCGGACGCCCUUCCCCUCACAGGCCCGGGAGCCUGGCCCGAGGGACCCGCAGGUCUUCCUGCAGCCAGGCCAGGUGAAGUUCGUGCUGGGACCCACGCCUGCCCGGCGGCACGUGCUCAAGUGCCAGAGCCUCUGUCCCAGCCUGCAGGACGCGCCCCAGCACAACAACAACAACGAGGGUCCCUCCGAGUGUCCCGAGCAGCCCAAGUGCACCUACGAGAAUGUGGGCGGGGGGCUGCAGCGCGGCCCCGGCUGGAGACUGAGCCCCGAGGAGCCGGGCUGGGGCGGCCCGGCCCCCCGCCGUGCCACGCUGCUGCACUACGAGAACCUGCCCCCGCUGCCCCCGGUGUGGGAGAGCCACGGCCACCUGCAGGCCGGGGAGCCCGGGGAUGACGGAGACUCGCGGGACGGGCUCACGCCCUCCUCCAACGGCUUCCCCGAGGGGGAGGAGGACGAGACCCCGCUGCAGAAGCCCGCCGGCUCCCGGGCCACCGCCCGCGGCCAUAGUGGCUUUCCCGUACCCUUGACCCGCCGCCGCGGCUCCCCCAGGGUCUUCAGCUUUGACUUCCGCCGCUCAGGCCCAGAGCCUCCGCGGCAGCUCAAUUACAUCCAGGUGGAACUCAAGGGCUGGGGUGGCGAGCGGCCCAAGGGGGCCCAGACCCCCUCCACGCCCAGGGCCAAGGGGCCCAGCUCGGACUCUUAUGCCGUGAUCGACCUUAAGAAGACUGCGGCCAUGUCCAGCCUGCAGCGGGCACUGCCCCGAGACGACGGCACCGCCCGGAAGACACGGCACAACAGCACCGACCUGCCCGUCUAGGUGCCGCCUUGCCGGCCGACCUCGGUCGCGCCUCCGGGGCUGCCGUGCAGAAGGCACCAAGGCAGACCACGUGCUUCCCUGCGCUGCUGGGGGCCCUGCCACCGUCACCCCGAGGCUCCUGGUCCCCAAGCCGUGGAGGGGAGAGGGUGGCCAGGUGAGGGAGCCGUGACGCCAACUGUGAAGGGUCCUUGUGAUUGCAUUUCCCCCACCCUCUCUGUCCAUUUGUCGGCUGUCUGUCUGUCCAUUCAUGUGUGUGUUUUUUUUGGUUGGAAUUUUGGAACAUUUUGUACCUGUUGAUUUUAUU